GCUGCAGCGUUUUCUUAGCCUCGGGAUACAACUCCUUUAGUAAGAGCAUGGAGACGGUGGGCAAGAAGCAGUACCAGGUCCAGCACGGGUCCUGCAGCUACACCUUCCUCUUGCCCGAGGCGGACAACUGCCGGUCCUCGGCUCCCUACGUGCCCAACGCCGUGCAGAGGGAUGCGCCUCUGGACUAUGACGAUUCCGUUCAAAGACUGCAACUGCUUGAAAGCAUCAUGGAAAACAACACUCAGUGGCUGAUGAAGCUUGAGAAUUACAUCCAAGACAGUAUGAAGAAAGAAAUGGUAGAGAUCCAGCAAACUGCAGUGCAGAACCAGACUGCAGUAAUGAUUGAAAUAGGCACAAACUUACUAAACCAAACAGCUGAACAGACCCGCAAAUUAACAGAUGUUGAAGCACAAGUAUUAAACCAGACAACCAGACUUGAACUUCAGCUUUUGGAACACUCUCUUUCAACAAACAAACUAGAAAGACAGAUUUCAGAUCAGACCAACGAGAUAACUAAAUUGCAAGAAAAAAACAGCUUUCUAGAAAAAAGAGUUCUUGAAAUGGAAGACAAGCACACACUUCAGCUGAAGUCAAUAAAAGAUGAAAAAGAUCAGCUUCAAGUCCUAGUAGCCAGACAGAAUUCAAUUAUAGAAGAACUAGAAAAACAGUUAGUUACAGCUACAGUAAACAACUCAGUUCUGCAGAAACAGCAACAUGAUCUGAUGGAGACUGUUCAUAACUUGCUUACUAUGAUAUCUACACCAAACUCUAAGAACAACUUCAUAGCUAAAGAGGAGCAAAUCAGCUUCAAAGACUGUGCUGAAGCUUUCAAAUCUGGUCUGACAACAAGUGGAAUCUACACUUUAACAGUUCCGAACACUGUACAAGAAAAGAAGGCCUACUGUGACAUGGAGACUGGUGGAGGAGGUUGGACAAUUAUUCAGAGACGUGAGGAUGGCAGUGUGGACUUUCACCGGACAUGGAAAGAGUACAAGAUGGGAUUUGGUGAUCCUGCUGGGGAGUACUGGCUGGGAAAUGAGUUUGUUUCUCAACUGACUAAUCAGAAGCGUUAUGUUCUCAAAAUACACCUAAAGGACUGGGAAGGAAAUGAGGCAUAUUCAUUGUAUGACCACUUCUCUCUAGCAAACGAAGAACUAAAAUACAGGAUUUACCUUAAAGGACUUACUGGGACAGCGGGCAAAAUAAGUAGUAUAAGCCAACCAGGAAAUGAUUUUAGCACAAAGGAUGCAGACAAUGACAAAUGUAUUUGCAAAUGUUCACAAAUGCUAACAGGAGGAUGGUGGUUUGAUGCAUGCGGUCCUUCUAACCUCAAUGGAAUGUAUUAUCCGUUACGGCAGAACAACAACAAGUUCAAUGGUAUCAAGUGGUACUACUGGAAAGGCUCGGGAUACUCUCUCAAAGCCACGACUAUGAUGAUUCGACCAGCAGAUUUCUAAAUGCUUUUUGCAUUAUGUGAAUUAUGUAUUGUAUAGUCUUCAAAGACUUGUCUUGCUGAGCAUAUAAACACACAUCUGCAACUUGUCUCAUUUUCAAGCCCAGAAAACAGGCACUAGUGUUCUGAAGGGAUGAGUUCAGUACAAUUCCUGAAUUGCAAUAGCCUUGAUCAGCUAAAGCUCCUGUUACUCAACCAGACACAAGGUCUAAGGCAUCAACCUGAUAUAACAGUGAUUCGACCAAAUGACUGAAUAAAAAGAACAUCCAAGAAACAUCCAAGUCAGACAACUUAAGGACUGUGUUUUACUGAUCAUUUAUGUUAUGUAUGUGUUAGUAAAUAACUGGAACUGUGAAAAAUACCUAAAAUAGUUUUAGAAAUAUGCAUUUUGCCUCAUCACUGAACUUUAAAUAUUACUCUAAUAUAAAACACUUAACUAGAUCUAGAACUAUUUAUCUCUCUGUCAUGUUUGCCUUUUAUGUACAUAAAAAAUACUGUCCUGUAAUUAGCUCAAUACUGUAGUUAAAGAAUACAUUCUUUCCCCCCAUAGUCUCCUAAACAACUUCUCACACUUAUUCAGGGAUUUUUUUCCAAUAGCCUGUCUUAUUUUAUUUAACAGAGGACAAAUAGCAUUUAAGUAGUUUGCAUUUAUUCUUGGGAAAUACCGUGUACAAAAAUCACCAUUUCUUUCAGUGUGUACCUGUUACAGUCACUAUCUUUAAGUUACAAAAAUCCCUGCAAUUUACAAUA